CGCGCGCAAUCGUCGCGAAGAACGGACGUCAAGUCUGUGUCACGCGCUCCGGCCAUUUUGUUUUCAAGCGUCGAAUGGACGCCAUCUUGGUUUGACCAUCUCUUUGAUUCAGUCAUGCCAAAGGCAGAGAAAUCUAAAAUGGAGCAGCAAGUUUUAACGGCUUUCAUACAUAUGUAUAGAAAAUUACCGUUUCUCUGGAAGAAGGACCAUGAACAUUAUUUGAAUAAACAGUUUAGAAUGGAGGGAUAUAAGCAGUUGCUGGAGAUUUAUCGAAAUUGGGAUGAAGAGUGUACUAUAAAUAUGGUGAAGAAGAAAAUUGAUAAUUUACGUUCGAAUUACUUGAAGGAACAUAAAAAGGUCAUAGCGUCAAAAAUAGGAGGCGCCGAAGUUUAUGUUCCAUCUUUGUGGUAUUACACUUUACUUACUUUCCUGGACAGCCAAAAGAGUGAUGACGAUGAUGAUAUUGGUUCGCUUUCACAGGAUCCUUUAGAAGAUGAUGGAUCCGAGAACGCAAAUAUUAUAGUAAAAAUUGAACCUUACUCUAUAAUAAAUCAGCAUAUUGUGCCAGACGUCGAACCGAUAAAUAAAACAGAACCCACACUAAGACAGAGCCGAAAGAGAAGACUCCACAGACCAUUGGAUAGACCACGCACUUCAGAACCAGCAAGAAAAUUUGUCACUAAGAAUAAAAAUAAUGACUCUUGGGAUGUCGCCUACGGGAAAUCAAUUGGACACCAAGUGAAGGAUCUAAGUGGAGACCAGUUAGUGGUCUGCCAGAAGCUUAUUUCUGACUGUAUAUUUCUUGCUAAACUUAAUAAAUUGAACGAGCAUUCACAAGUAGUUACUCCUGAUGUGGAACCUCAAUUUGUGGGACAUAGUUUUGAGAUCAAUGAAUAAAUAUUUAUAAUAUUGGAGACAAACAAUUUCUUGGGUUUGUCUUGUUAAGCUAUUUUGUAAGUUUUAGUCGACUUUGUGAUGAGGAUACUUAUUUGAGUUAAAAGUGCAGUUACUUGCACAGUACUUAUGAUUUUAAAAAUAAAACUAUUGUG